AUGCAAGAAAUUAUUAUUAUCGGAAUUGGGUAAUGUGGGAUUGGUGUAGGACUAGAAUUCAUAAAACAAUUAAAUUAUGAUCAUUGUUUAAAUAAUCAUUAAGAAUUAAUUAAUUAAGAUAGAAAUAGGCAGAAAAUAAAUGUUUUCUAUAAUGAAAAUUCAACAUAGCAGUUCAUACCUAGAUGUUUGUUUCUAGACUUAGAGUCAAGUAGCAAUAUUUCAUAUGAAUAGAAUCAAUUGAUAAAUUAUUUCUAUAGAAGGAUGUGAUUAUAGAUCCAAAUUGUUGUUUCUCAAGGAAUUGUGGAAGCGGUAAUAAUUAUGCAGUUGGCAGAUAUACAGAAGGAGCUGAAUUGAUGGAUGAAUGCAAGCAUAUCUUAGAUAAGUAUUUUGAAUAAUCAGGAAAUCUGCAAGGAAUUAUGAUGUUUUUUUCAACUGGUGGAGGAAGUGGUUCAGGAAUAGCAUCUAAUUUGAUAUAAUACUUUCGAGAGAAGGACCCAACUAAAAUAGUUCAUUGCAAUCCUAUAUUUUAACAAGGAAUUACACAUAAUUAUUUAGAAAUAUAUAAUACAGUAUUUGUAAUGCAUUCAAUGAUUGAAACUGUCGAUAUUGUGACAGUUUACGAUAAUGUUGCAUUAUAAUAUAUAUGUAAAAUCAAUAUGUUAGAUUAAAAUUAUGAUAUUUAUAACAAAGUUCUGGCAGAGAGCUUAAUUCAAACAACUGCUUCAUAUAGAUUUCCAGGAUUUAUAAAUGGCGGAAUGAAGAAACUUGCUUUAAAUUUGAUACCAUUCCCAAGAUUACAUUUUUUUUAACCUAGUUAUAUGAUAAUUAAUUAGAGGAAUUGGAAUAUUACUAAUAUUCUUGAUAAAUAAUAUAAGUUGUGCAAUUUUGAAAAUAACCUACCAAGUGAGUAUCUCUCUUAUCAAAUCCAAUUAAGAGGUAAUUGCUUUGAAAUCCCUGAUUCUAAAUCUUUAUUAAUUAGAAAAGAAAAUAUCUAUUAAAUUCCUGAUCUUGAUACUCAUUACAGAGUGCAUACAAGUGUUUAGCAUAUAGAUCAUGAAAAUAUUGUUGGUUUUUUAGGAAAUUCUAAUGGAUUUAAAAAUUAUUUAAAAUAUUACUAAGAAGAUUUCACCAAGAUGUUUAGAAGAAAGGCAUUUGUAUAUACCUAUUAAAAGAUUGGUAUGGAUGAGAUGGAAUUUACUGAGGCAGAGUGUAAUAUCAACGAUCUAAUAUCAGAAUAUGGUCCUUUUUUCCAUAGUUGUUGUCAUAGUGAAUAUGAUAAUUAUGAAGAGGAGGAAGCAUAUUGA